AACUCACUUCUAUUCCUUUGCAUUUUCAACAAAGUGAGAGGACAAGCAAAGCACUGCCAGCCAUGGCUUCUUCUUCCCUCACUCUCUCUCAAGCCAUCCUCUCUCGCUCCUCCAUCCCCCGUCAUGGCUCCGCUUCCACCUCUUCUUCCUCCUCUCUCUCCCUCCCUUCUUUCUCUGGUCUUAAAUCCACCUCCUCCUCCGCCGUCAUCCGCCGCCGUGGCCCCGCGACGACCCGCCUCCCCGUCCGGGCCUCCGCAGCUGUGGAGACCAUAGAGAAGACAACUGAGACUGAGCUCGUGGAGAAGUCCGUCAACACGAUCCGUUUCUUGGCAAUUGAUGCCGUCGAGAAGGCGAAUUCCGGGCAUCCGGGUCUGCCCAUGGGCUGCGCUCCUAUGGGUCACAUAUUGUACGAUGAGGUGAUGAGGUACAACCCUAAGAAUCCCUAUUGGUUUAAUCGUGACCGCUUCGUGCUCUCCGCUGGGCAUGGGUGUAUGCUACAGUACGCGCUUCUUCACCUGGCUGGAUACGACGCCGUCAAGGAAGAGGAUUUGACGAGUUUCCGACAGUGGGGAAGCAAGACACCGGGUCAUCCUGAGAACUUUGAGACACCCGGUGUUGAAGUCACAACUGGUCCUCUUGGUCAAGGCAUUGCCAAUGCUGUUGGUUUGGCGCUUGCAGAAAAACACUUGGCUGCCCGUUACAACAAACCGGAUAGCGAGAUCGUCGACCACUACACGUAUGUUAUCCUCGGUGAUGGAUGUCAAAUGGAGGGUAUCUCAAAUGAAGCCUGCUCUCUUGCUGGACAUUGGGGACUCGGGAAGCUGAUUGCUUUUUAUGACGACAAUCACAUCUCUAUCGAUGGUGACACAGAAAUUGCUUUUACUGAGACUGUUGAUACCCGUUUUGAGGCUCUUGGUUGGCAUGUAAUCUGGGUGAAGAAUGGUAACACUGGCUAUGAUGAAAUUCGUGCUGCCAUUAAGGAAGCCAAGGCUGUGAAAGACAAGCCCACUCUGAUCAAGGUUACGACCACCAUUGGUUUUGGGUCCCCCAACAAGGCCAACUCAUACAGCGUGCACGGAAGUGCGUUGGGUGCCAAGGAAGUUGAAGCCACGAGAAAGAACCUUGGAUGGCCUUAUGAGCCUUUCCAUGUGCCUGAGGAUGUGAAGAAGCAUUGGAGUCGACAUGCACCUGAAGGGGCUGCUUUUGAAGCUGAAUGGAAUGCCAAAUUUGCUGAAUAUGAGAAGAAGUAUCCAGAGGAAGCAGCUGAAUUGAAGUCUAUCGCCACUGGUGAACUCCCAGCUGGUUGGGAGAAGGCUCUUCCUACAUACACCCCUGAGAGCCCGGCUGAUGCCACCAGAAAUCUCUCUCAGCAAAAUCUCAAUGCUCUUGCAAAGGUUCUCCCAGGUCUCCUUGGUGGUAGUGCUGAUCUUGCCUCAUCCAAUAUGACCCUUCUCAAAAUGUUUGGUGACUUCCAAAAGAACACACCGGAAGAGCUCAAUGUAAGGUUUGGUGUUCGUGAACAUGGCAUGGGAGCCAUAUGCAACGGAAUUGCCCUUCACAGCCCUGGCCUCAUUCCUUAUUGUGCAACCUUCUUUGUGUUCACGGACUACAUGAGAGCAGCCAUGAGAAUCUCUGCCUUGUGUGAAGCAGGAGUUAUCUAUGUGAUGACCCAUGACUCUAUCGGGCUUGGAGAAGAUGGACCAACCCAUCAACCUAUCGAGCACUUGGCAAGUUUCCGAGCAAUGCCCAACAUAUUGAUGCUCCGUCCAGCCGACGGCAACGAGACGGCUGGUGCCUACAAGGUGGCUGUCCUCAACAGAAAGAGACCAUCAGUCCUUGCCCUUUCUCGGCAAAAAUUGCCCCAACUUCCUGGAACCUCCAUUGAAGGCGUGGAAAAGGGAGGCUACACCAUAUCAGACAAUUCGUCGGGUAACAAGCCUGAUGUCAUUUUGAUUGGAACUGGUUCAGAGUUGGAAAUUGCAGCAAAGGCUGCUGAUGAGCUUAGGAAAGAAGGAAAAGCCGUUAGAGUUGUCUCCUUUGUUUCCUGGGAGCUUUUCGAUGAGCAAUCCGACGAAUACAAGGAAAGCGUCCUGCCAGCUGCUGUAACAGCUAGAGUUAGCAUUGAGGCAGGAACAACAUUCGGCUGGGGCAAGAUCGUUGGAGCUAAAGGAAAGGCCAUUGGAAUUGAUCGAUUUGGGGCUAGUGCACCUGCAGGAAAAAUAUACAAGGAGUUCGGCAUCACAGUAGAAGCUGUUAUCGCCGCGGCUAAAGAAGUAUGUUAAACUUUUGUGGUUGAGCUUCUUGGUUUCUUGCGUCUCAUGGAUUCAAGGUCGGUAUAAUUAUGGUGAAAUCACACGAAAGGGAUUCGUUGCAGAGUAGGCCACUUGAGAACUCCUAAUAAAGGUGAUAAGUUUCUUAUCUCUUUGUUUCCUUUUUGUUUCUUGAAAUCAGCAGCAGAGUAUGCAGUCUAAUAGCAUAAAAAGAGAGAAAUCAGGCACGUGAAAUGCUCCCGGAUUUGCACAACUCGAAAAUCGUCUUCAUGUUGUAACUAUUGAUCAUGAGAUUCAUGUCCAAAUUUAAAAAAUUCGAUGACUAAUAAGAAUGCAUGUUUUCUUCACAAGAUGGGUUGUGACUUUGUGACAUUUGCCUUUCUUGAUAUUUUAAGACACAGAUGUAUGAAUCAUUA